AUGAAUAAAUCUGUGUCGACUAUUCUUCGCUCUCGAGCUCUGCGCAGUUUCCACGCCGUGUCCAGAUAUCCACGUCACCCGUUGUCAACAAUGGCCAAGCUAGAGCUUUCCGUUCCUGACCUGACUUUGCCCGAUGGCAACAAAAUCCCCAUGAUCGGCUAUGGAACUGGUACAGCAUGGUUCAAGAAAACUGAAGGUGCCAAAGACCAGGCAUGUAUCGAUGCGACAAAGACCGCUAUCAGGGUGGGGUAUACUCACCUCGAUGGCGCUGAAGUGUACAAUACUGAAGAGGAACUCGGAGCCGCCAUCAAGGAAAGCAAGGUCCCUCGUGAGAAACUAUUUGUAACCACCAAACUCAACGAUUCCGACUCCAAAUCCAUUAGCGACAUCCCGGGUUCCUUGGACCGCAGCCUGAAGAAGUUGGGGCUGGAAUACGUUGACCUGUAUCUUAUUCACUCGCCUUUCUUCGCCAAAGGUGACAAGAAACUGCUGCAGGAGGCAUGGGCUCAGAUGGAGCAAAUGGCGGCCACGGGUAAGGCGAAGAGCAUCGGGGUGAGCAAUUUCUUGAAAUCCGACUUGAAUGCCAUCCUCGAAACCUGCAAAGUUCGACCUGCCAUCAACCAAAUUGAAUACCAUCCAUAUCUUCAGCACGGAGACUUGUUGGAAUUCCACAAGAGCAAGGAUAUCAAGGUGUCAGCUUACGGCCCACUGACACCUAUUACUCGUGCAAAGGGAGGCCCGCUUGAUGGUUAUCUGGAGUCACUGGCAAAGAAAUAUGCAGUCAAUCCGGGUGAAGUCUUGCUGCGAUGGUGCAUUGAUCAGAACGUUGUUGCGAUUACGACCAGUUCCAAGGAGCAGAGGUUGAGCGAUAUGCUUCGGAUCUUCACCUUCAAGCUCACUCCAAAAGAAGUUGAAGAGAUCUCAGACUUGGGCAAGGAGCAUCAUUUCCGAGCAUUUUGGAACCAUAUCUUCGAUGCCAACGACAAAUCCUGA